CUAAUUCGAUAUUUGUUUCUUGCAUAUUUUUGGGUGGACACUUGAAAACAGAGGUUAUUCUAUUUGCCUCGCAGACCACAGAAUAUAGAAUACACAGCCAAGCAACCCAGAGACGACAUCAGCCCAUUGCCAAUGGAACAAACAAUCGGUAUUUCAGCGAAGCGUACGAUCGGAGCUCCUAUUACAACCAUAAUAUCAUGUCAGCGGUCGACGAAGUGCACGAGAAUGAAACAGACGAAGACAAGAAACCUUCGGGUUUGGACGAAGCAUUGCCCAUGGAAGUGGACGAUCAAGACUUUUUCGACCAGAAAUCCUCGAGCGCAACUGCUGCAAACUCUGCAAUGAAACCGGAAAGUUGUGUCUCUGCUCAGAGCUCGAGCGAUGAAGAUCAGAGCAAUAACGAGAGUCCCAUCGACUCGAUUCACACAGACUGGAGCGAAAGUGAUUACCUCGAUGCCUUUCAGCGGAAGCUGUCGAGGGGAGCGCUGGGGCUAACACACAGCGACCGGAACUCCAUCAUAGAGGAAAUCCACGGCGUUAACACCCAUAUUCAAGAGGAGUCACCGGAUCUGAUUCGUUCGUCGCUCCUCAGCCUCUCGACUGAGCUUCGCGCGCUAGUUCAAGACAAUGCUGCGAAUGGUAACACAAAUUCGAAGGAGCCCUCCCUCUCCACGGCAUACAUAUUGAGCCAGUGCAUCGGGUCCUCUAGUAAACGUACAUACGUGAAUACACCAGAGUUCCAGCUGCGCUUUCUGCGGUGCGAUAACUUCGAUGCGAGGGCAGCGGCGAUCCGGAUGAUGAAAUGGCUGAACCUGGUCCACGAAGUCUAUGGGGCCUAUGCUCUUUACAGGCCCAUCCAGAUUACGGAUUUCACAAGAAGAGAGCGCAAAAUACUUCAGAGCGGAUGGCUGCAAGUCCUCCCGUUUCGGGACCGGAGCGGGCGACGUGCCUUGAUCUGGCUGGGGGAGAUGGGGUUCAACUACGAUCCGGUAGUGAGGGUACGCGUGGUUUAUUGUGUUGCGCAGCAUUGCGUUGUAUUGUGUUGGAUACAUAUGUCUAUUGUCUCGAAAUGGGUUGCAGUUCAUCUCACACGCUAUUUAACGUUCCGGUCCGACGCUUUGUUUUACCGAUCAUUCCUUCAUUCGUUUGUUUUUCUCCAUUCACACGAUAGAUGAAAGUAUUACUGUUUGUCCUUCUCGCCGGGACGAGAGAUGCAGAAACUCAGCGAAAAGGAAUUGUUUAUUUGAUCUGGCCUUUUAAAACACCCAGGGAAUCCGUUGACACUGACAAUGACAGAGACUACGACAUGUUGUCGUAUGCCAGGCUUGCCAAAAUUUUUGUGGAGGCCACACCCACAAAAUGUUGCGCGGUCCAUUGUUGCAUCACUUCGGGUAAUGAAUCGAUGCGGAGUCCUUGGCUGAUAUCGCUGUACAAGUUGAUGUUUACGUUGUUUGAAAACUCAAUGCCGGUUUUUAAUGCUCGCGUAAGAUUUCAUGUCGGUACGUGCGCUUGUUUCCCGAUCCAAUCAACAAUUGAUAAGGUGCCACACAGUGAUUGUGGGCCACCCCUAUCUUUCUUGGUACCUCUUGCACAAACACGAACAUGUUCUCAAACAUCGAGUAUGGGUCACCCCUACCMUCUUCCACAAACACGAACAUCUUCUCUAAUAUCGACUGAUUCUUAUUGUUCUUCCGUUGUUUAAAAAACUCAACCUCAGGAACAGUGCAGGAUUCCCUGGAACAAUUGUCCGGGUAUGGAAUCCCGUCGGGCGUGAUCCCCAUCACGACCACGGGGACUGUCAAAACCGUGUACCUAAAGCAGUGGCUCAAGCUGCAGCGACGGAUCGACGACCCAUUGGACGAGGCAAACGAGCUCAAAUUUAUCGAUUGUCCGCUGUCCACGGAUGUUCUCUUUCGGUCGGGAUCGACCAUGUUGCAUAACCCCGGCAACGUCAUGUUUCGGGGCCUGAUCGAGGCGAAGAUCCAGGAACUCUUCGGGUCAAACCAGCUCGAGGACAGCCAUUCUUCUUUCAGUCCCCCGAUUUCGACGACGAAAACUAAGGAAGACAUUGCCAUUGGCAUCGUUGAGGAGGUGGUCCGGGACAAGAACGGCAGAUUCUUGGUGUGGAACAGCAAAGACGAUUGCUGGAAAGUGCUCCGUGACGCUUCGGCGGUGACCACGAAGGUCGCCACUGCGUACCGGGAUCUGAAGCUGAAGGUAGCGAAGGUAAAAGACCAACAGGAACAGCAGCAGCAGCAGCAGCAGCAGCAGCUAUAGAUGGAGCCAGGGUAAACGAACUGAGCCACCAGACGACACAACCGCUACAUCAACGCACAACAUUAUCUUAGCCAUCCGAUUCGACCCGUCGCCAUUCCAACCGAUAAACGUUGGGCCAGAUCGAGAUGCAACGAAGUCCAGCACCAGUUCGUACGCUCGUUCCUUGUUGGUUUGGAAUUAUUCAAUGUCGGAUGCUACGUAUUCAUUUUAUCCAUUGUAUUACGGAACAAGAAUAGCAAGCUGAGAUGGCUCGCUUCUACUUGGACACAAGGGGAGACUAAGACUGACUAGGAAUAAAUGCAGUAUUCCAAC